AUGACUGCGUUGGCUGGGGCAAUACCAAGGAUGAUGCGCCCCAUGCUGGCUCAGAACUACCCCCACAGUGGCUUCCCAUUGGAAGGUAAAAUCAAAAGUCGAAACAACUUUUUGAGCACUGCUUGUGGGAAGAUUUGGGCUUCGAUGCUUAAUAAUUAAAGAGCGAUUAUUAAUAUAGGAUACUCUGUGAAUUCAAUCCUGUAGCCUACCCCAUAAGCCCCCCUCCUAAACAGUGGUGGAAAAAAUACCCAAUUGUCAUACUUGAGUAAAAGUAAAGAUACCUUAAUAGAAAAUUACUCAAGUAAAAGUGAAAGUCACCCAGUAAAAUACUACUUGAGUAAAAGUCAAAGUAUUUGGUUUGAAAUAUACUUAAGUAUAAAAAGUAAAUGUAAUUGCUCAAAUAUACUUAACUAUCAAAAGUAAAUGUAAUUGCUAAAAUAUACUUAAGUAUCAAAAGUAAAAGUACGAAUAAUUUAAAAUUCCUUAUACUAAGCAAACCAAGGGAUGUUCUCUUAAUAAGUGUGUGAAAUGAACCAUUUUCUGUCCUGCUAAGCAUUCAACAUGUAACGAGUACUUUUGGGUGUCAGGGAAAAUGUAUAGAGUAAAAAGUACAUUAUUUUCUUUAGGAAUGUAGUGAAGUAAAAGUAAAAGUUGUCAAAAAUAUAAAUAGUCAAGUAAAGUACAGAUACCCAAAAAAACUACGUAAGUAGUACUUUAAAGUAUUUUUACUUAAGUACUUUACACCACUGCUCCUAAACAUAAACUUGGUCGUAUCCAAUUGUAAAAAAAUGGAUUGAACUGUUAACCUCGUCGUUUUCAUCUAGUUUAUUUUGUAGUGGUUAUUGACAUACCUUUUUGUAUUUGUCUAUUUGUUUGUCUAAUUUUGAGAAUGAAACUAUUAAUUUAAUAAUUUCCUAAUCUCUGAAAACAAAGUUUUUGUUUAUUUACAGAAUAUGUACAGGGUCAUAUAAGUAGGCUAUACAACUUUCUAUAUGAAAUCAGAACAUAUCAUUACUUAAGGCAACUUUUAAGGCCUUUUAUUGUUACCAAACCUUUCAGUUUAAAAUACUUAUUUUUGUAUUAGGCUAUUGUAAUAUUUUUAUUUAUUUAACAACAUUUGUAGUAGCCUUGUGGUGUUAUUAGUAGCAUAUGACGGAAUCAAUGUUAGUUGUUGUGUUGUAGGCCUAUAGUUUAUAAUCAUGAAGCCAUCUGGUGACCAUUUUGUGUUUUCUUUUACGCAGUCUCUACUCCGUUAGGCCAAGGCAGAAUGAACCAGCUCGGGGGAGUUUUCAUAAAUGGCAGACCUUUGCCCAACCAUAUCCGUCAUAAGAUCGUCGAAAUGGCCCACCAUGGAAUCAGGCCGUGCGUAAUCUCCCGUCAGCUCCGCGUCUCUCACGGUUGCGUUUCCAAAAUCCUCUGCCGGUACCAGGAGACCGGCUCCAUCCGACCCGGGGCCAUCGGGGGAAGCAAACCCAAGGUAACGGAGAGGGAGCACGAGCAGGUGAAAGUGUUGGGUUUUGUAUUGUCAUGCAUUUUAUUCUCCUAUUAAAACUGUUUGUCUCGAGGUAUGACAUGUUGGGUUAAAAUGUAACAAGCGACAGGUUGGGAAAGCAUGUAAGAGGCCUAUAUUGUGUUGCUGAGUACAAGUAGACAUGUGCUCUUUAUUAUGCCUUAAUACAUUUAUAUUAUUUGUCGUUUCCUUAGCAGGGGACGACGCCUGAUGUUGAGAAGAGAAUAGAGGAGUACAAGCGGGACAACCCGGGUAUGUUUAGCUGGGAGAUUCGGGAUAAAUUACUGAUGGAUGGGAUAUGUGACCGGAACACCGUUCCAUCAGGUAAAAAGAAACAUCUGCAUUCUGUCAUAAUUGCUGCCCAUUUAAAUGGGUGCAAUCUUCACCUGCAGCCGUAGAUUGUUCAUCAUCAUCAUCACCAUCAUCAUCGUCUUAUUUAUCAUAAUGGGCCUAAUGUAUUUUCCGUCUCAAUAACCACAUUUUACCACAAUAAAAAACAGUUUACUCUCUGAAAACAAAAACGUAAACAACUGCUGAAAAUUAUGAGUGGGGAAAUAAUAAAUACUAUAAUAUAAUUGCCAUGUUAAGUUUAAGUUAAGAUAAAAUCAUAAAAAUUAUUGCAAUGCGAUUAUGGACGCUAAAGUCAAUCGAUUUUUAAAAAUGAUUCAUCUGUUGAUAUCAAGUUAUAUUUAUUUGAUGCUUCAUCACCGUAGAUUAGAAGAAAAAAUCAAAUCAAUAAGUGCAGAUUGUUGAACUUUUAUUUAGACUUUCCCAGCUUAUUAUUUAUUAAUCAGUGCUCUGUAAUUUCUUGUAACACAGUGAGCUCUAUCAGUCGCAUCAUGAGGAGUAAAUUCGGAGGGAAGGGAGAUGACGAUGAUGAUGAAGAUGAAAUCGAGAAAAAGGAAUUAGAAGAACACGAACGGCGGGCCAAACACAGCAUCGAGGGCAUCUUAGGAGACCGAUGUGAGUGCAAUCAUAAAUAAAUUAAUAAUUAAUGUUCUCUCCUCUAUAGGCAACUUGUGUGAGGCAGUUACUUGUUGCUUAAGGGGGAAGGCCCUUCAUAUACAGGCCUACAUUUUUCCACUGUGCACUUUAAUGUUCUUUGAAACGGUGAGGAAACCUCUCGUUUAUUCAAAACUCAACAAAGAUGGACAGAUAAAGGUUUUCAUCUUGUUUUAUGUAAGCUUAUUGACUUUCAGAAAUCAUUCUUGAUAGGCUAGGCCUACAUUUUCACCAUUGGUGUCACCUGUCCUUACGGGUUGCCAUUCAUUUUUAGACUUUGUGAGGUAGAUAGGCUUAGUCUGUCUCUAACUCUAAAAAGUUUUAGUUGUUGUAAAGUUGUUGCUUUUCGAUGCGAUGAAAGCACAGGGAGUGUGUCUUCCUUUGUCGACCGUCAUAAAGUGCACUGGAUUGUUUUGAAUUCUUUAUCGACCAUAUCGCUCCUGCUAAUGCUUGUCCCAUGAGGCGUUAGGAUAAUUCAAACAGCAGGUGAUAGAUUUUGUGGGAAAGGGAGGAUUGCCCCUUGUGAAUGUGUUUGUGUGUGUGUGUGUGUGUGUGUGUGUGUGUGUGUGUGUGUGUGUGUGAGAGAGAGAGAGUUUGAGAGAGGGAGAGAGAGAGAGAGAUCAUUAAAAAAUGAAAAGUUAACGAAUGUGUAACCACACGUGCUUACACAAAGUGAGCAACACACAUGAGAUUUGUUACCGACAAAAGGUACAGGCCUCGAAUCAGUCGAAUGUUCUUCAUGCAAAAGUAUCCUAUAGAUUUAUUCGAAUAGCCGUGCAUAUUCUACUUCUGCUACAUAUAUUUCCAUUGCAUUUAUUUAAUGGUUUAUGUUAGGCCACUUUGCUUAUAUAUAGGCAGACUUUACCUUGUAGGCCUAUUUUAAAACGUCUUUAUCAUUCUAAUAACAUUGUUAUUAGGCCUAUACAUGCAUUUUAAUCGAGAUGCACAUAGCCCCGUUUGUUUGAGGAAAUACCCCCUAUCAAAAGUAUAUAAAAAAUAACCAAAAACUUUUUCAACCCCUAAUUGUCAUGGUGUAUUUCAAACAAAGAAAUCUCAUAACAUCCCUUUUACGGUUUCCUACGAUUUAUGAUGAACGAAUUCGCAGACCUAUUCCAUCUCAAUGCAGCUGCUCUCUCCGCUCUACUGUAAAAUGCAGGCACAGUAAAACAAAUCAGAGAAAAAGACGGGGAGUUGGAGGGGACAAAACAUGCCAAAUGAGUUGAUCAAACAUUUGUAUAACAGUUCCAUCCCUCACAAAGCCAGGCUUCGAGCACACAAUCGGACACUUGAGGAUGAACUUGGGAGACAAAGGCGGGAGAGUCCAUUGAGACUGACGCUUCGGUUAUGCGCGGACAAAGCCUGGCAUCGCCGCAGCUUGGUCGCCAUAAAAGAAGGCAACCUGUUUAUAAUUCAGUCAGAAAAGGAGAGGGAGCUUCCCAACAAAAGGCCGAGAAAAGACAUUAUGAACCCGCAAUGAAGGAUGAAUUAUUCAGGUCCGCCAAUAGCCGCUGCUCGAGCUAGGUCUAGAGACUGUUCACCAUGGAGAAAUGGCCGUUUUCACCUACAAAAUGUUUCUUUUGGAGUCUUUUUAGGUCGUCUAAAGAAGCCGACUGCCAUUCAAAACCUAUCAAGCCCCCUUUCACUCUCUCUCUCACACACACAGACACACACACACACACACACACACACACACACACACACACACACACCACACACACACGCACACACACAGCUAUAGUGUAUAGGCCUAACUGAUAUUUAAAAACAUAACUUUCAAAUCAGCUUAACACGCUGAUUUAAUGGCGAGAUGAAUUAAACUUCUUGAUAAUGUGUUACUUUUAAUUUUGGACAUGCAGAGCAUUGCCGACAUAAUGGUUUACGAAAAUACUAACUUUUUGUGUAUUAUGUGCAUUAAGGUUAUACAUUCUGUGCACACUCACAUAUUUUACACAGUGUUUAAAAGUUAUAGUUUUUUUUUGUGCUUCUGGUUCCUGCUUUCAACACCUUUAUAUAAGCCUACGUAUGUUGUUGUUAAUGUCACCGAGGAUUUAUUUAGGCAAGUUACAAAUUCCAAUACCACAAGAUAAGAAAUUAUAUUUUCUGUGUAUAGCUCAUAAAAUGACAAAUAUUUUCCAAAAGAUAUGCAUGUGCUACUUGAUGGUUAUUAAUAAUUUAACUCAUAGGCCCAAUAAUUGUAGUCAUUUGAUUAUUUUUAUAAGUACAAAUUGUUGCACAAUAUAUUUUUCUUACCAAUAUAUGCCUAAUGAUAUACAAGUGGCUAACAUGCCUCUCUGCAUGGUCUAUUAUUAAGUCUUUGAUGCCCUAUUCCUGCCCUCUUAAACAUUAAUAAUGUCUUCUAAAUGAUUUGAUAUUGUGCUAUGUCACAUUUAAUGAUCGAGAGAGUGUAUUAAAGACUCCUUUGGUGAAUGGGGACCAAUGUUCUCCCCGGAGAGGCGCGCUUGGCCUCGAGCGGCGGUCACAAUGGAACAUGCGCACUGCUGCAAUCCUCACCCAUCAUGCUCUCACCCCCUUGCGCUCCCAAAAUCUCUUCAAGCGGAUUAAAUCGAGCCCUUUAUUUCAUCUUACUUUCAUCCGGAGAGUGAACCCGCCCCUCUCCCUCACUUUCCUUCUCUUUCUCUCUAUGCCUGCGGCGCACAUUCGUUUAAUAUCUAUGGUUCAUCUUCAGGAGUGCAACCGCUAA